CAAAUCAGCUAUCCCCUUCCUUUUUUCUUCCUGGAAGGGGGAGGGACUGAGGGAGGCUCGAACUGCGUUCCAUCGAACCAGCUUGAACGAAGCAACCCCAUCUACAUUUCUUUCUCUCCUCUCCUCCACUGUCUAUUUUUUUUUUUUUUUUUUUGUUUCUUUUCACCUUCUGGGUUGAAAAUUAGGCGUUUUGGGUUGUAGAACCUCCCUCCCCCCACUUGAUCAACGUCGUCCACCCUCUCAACCAUCAGCAGCAACUGUGAAGAGGAAAAACGUUGGGAAAGGGAGCUCGAACGGUUGUAGGAGCGGCUAUUCAAGAUUCAGGCGAAACAGAGCUUCUGCGAUCCAUUUCCAACAUAAACGCAGACCCUUUAUUGGUCGCUGCAACAUCCCUAGAGUUUCAAGGCGAGUCAGAACCACCAUUGGUACCAGUCCAGACGCAGGGAUAUCCCCUCUACAGCAUUAUAACAAAUAAUGGAAGUGGAAAUUGACCAUUAUGAAGUUAUAGGGUUACCAUCAGGUGAGGAGGGUGCAAAGCUUACAGAAAAAGAAAUAUCAAAGGCUUAUAAGAUAAAAGCCCUUGAAUUACAUCCAGAUAAACGUAGGAAUGACCCUAAUGCUCAUGUCAACUUCCAAAAACUCAAAUCCUCCUAUGAGAUUCUCAAAGAUGAAAAGGCUCGCAAGCUAUUUGAUGAUCUCCUCCGCAUUAAGCGUGACCAAAACCUGCGGCAAUCACAGUUGAGUGCCAAACGGCGCAAGAUGAUGGAUGAUCUUGAAGAAAGAGAGCGUGCUGCCUUUGCUCCAGAUCCUGCUGCAAAAGCCCGAGAAGAAGAAGCGAGAAUUGCUAAGCAACUUAAAGAAGAGAUUUCCAGAAUUCGUGCUAUGCACUCUAAAAAGGCAAAAGGGGGAACAGAGGACCUGGAUGCUAGGACAAUGCGGAUGGGAUCAGAGAGCAUGGCUAAUGUUGAAGGUUUAGAUAAGGAGAAGGUUUUGAAGGUUUCCUGGGAGAGCUAUGGUGAGGAUUAUAGUGCUGAAAGGUUGAAGGAGAUAUUUGGGAAAUUUGGGAAUGUCGAUGAUGUUGUAAUUCGAUCAAAGGGGUCAAAGAAGAAAAGGUCUGCACUUGUUGUCAUGGGAUCUAAAAAUUCUGCGGAUGCUGCCACAAGAACUGUGUGUGGAGAUCUUUCCAAUCCAUUACUUGUUCUUCCUCUUCAUAAAGCUUCAGCUACUUCCAGUGCUUCUUCUGCCAAAAUGCAUGAAGAACAACCUGAUGAUGACAAGUUAAAUAACACUGUCGGUGUUGGACAUCAGGCAUUUGAAGAUUCCAUACUAAUGAAGCUUCGAAAGGCUGCAGAAAAGCAGAAAGCAACGUGACAGAUCAUCAAUGAGCACUUUUGAAUGUUUGCAUGAUUCAUGAGUUCUUCAUAUUUAGGUGCUGAGGAUGUGUGGUCUUAAUGUAUUGGGCCCUAGUUUAACUGGUGGUUGCACUUGCUGGGGUAAUCAGAAGCAGAAAUGGUGGUGGGAAUGCCGGAGGGGUGACAAUCGUAAGUAUGGUGGUGGGAAUGCCGGAAGGGUGACAACUGUAAGUUUGUAACUGAUUGGAAAUUAGGGUUUGUAUCAAAUUUUGAUGUAGCUCACAAAUCACUUUGGAGAACGAAUGAUCAAAUGACUUUUUUUGUGUUUUACAUAAUACAUUUUACUGGGGACAGAGCA